AUGGCCACCCAGGAGAAUCGUGGCCAAGAAGAGGCACCAGCCGGCGCGCAAUCGACAUCUGUCGACGUCGCAGAACGCCCGCAGACUACCGAGGUCGAGAGUGGCAGUGGCUACAAUGCGCGCGCAUCGACUUUCCACGACCCGAAGGCUGCUGAGGAGUCUUCAGGCCGCGCAAAAGCUCCCAUGGAGCCCAUAGGCAUCGAGGAGAAGGAGCACGACUCGGUGAAUGGCAAGGUCCACGCGCUCACGGCACCAGCGACCGCCGACGACGUGAUCACGAAUACGAUUCAUCUUCAUGAUGACCCAUCACUGCCGGCCAUCACCUUCCGCUCCAUGUUCAUAGGCGGCCUCAUAGGUGUUGGUCUGUCCAUCUUCGGCGGCGUGCUCUCCGGCAUCUACUACUUCAAGCCGCAGACCGUUGAGCUCCCAGCGGUGUUUUUAGCCGUCCUGGCAUUCAUGCUCGGAGAAAGCAUGUCACGCAUCAUCCCUCGAAAAGGACGAAUCGGCAGAUUCUUGAACCCGUGUCCAUUCAACAUCAAGGAGCAUCUUGCCAUCACCAUCAUGGCAAACUCCGCAAGCAUAUCUGCCCUUGGACUAGAGAUCAUUGCUGUCGAGAGGCUCUACUACGACAGGAAGCUGAAUGCGGCGAUUUCCGUGUUUCUGCUCCUCUCGUCUCAGUUCAUGGGCUAUGGAAUCGCCGGCUUGAUGCGUCGCACUAUGCUCUACCCCAAGGUCAUGCUGUGGCCGGCGAACAUUCCCAUCAAUUCCAUGCUGGAGAACCUUCACCUCCGUCUACCCGAAGGUCGGAAGCCGCUUCGAGUCUUUCUCCUGGUCUUUGCCGCAAUUUUCAUCUGGGAGCUGUUCCCACAAUGGAUCAUGCCAAUCCUUACGGGUAUCAGCGUCUUCUGUUUGGCGAAUCGCAGGAGUAAACUGUUUACCAACAUCUUUGGCGGUGCGCAGGGCAAUGAAGGCCUGGGCCUUUUCUCAAUCUGCCUUGAUUGGCAGUACAUCUCUGGAGGCUACUCACCCCUGUACUUCCCAAUCAGCAGUUUGAUCAGUCAGGGCAUCGGCGUUUGCGGUUGCAUCGUGCUAUUCGCUGGUGUCUACUAUGGCAACAUCUGGAACGCUACCAAAUACCCAUUCCUGACGCAACUCAUUUUCUCCGACACCUCGACCGUCGAAAAUGUUGUGCAGUACAAUCAAUCAUUCGUCAUAACACCAGACAACAGCAUUAACAUGACCGCUGUGGAAGAUCUCGGCCUGCCUGCUUUUUCUGCUUCCAACGUACUCAACUUGCUCCUCACCAACAUGUGCAUUGCCGCUGCGCUAGUCCACUUGUUCAUCUGGUAUCCGGACGAAGUCAAGGUGGCAUUCUCAUUCCUCGAUCCACGAACCCUCUACCGCUCCAUCCGCGACUUGCCGGUAACAGUACGCCGAGCAUUUACUCCGGGCGCUCGGGCUGACGAUGAGGAAUGGAAGGACCAUUAUGAUCCGCACUACGCUUUCAUGAAAUCGUACAAAGAGUGUCCAGACUGGUGGUUUGGUAUCGUCCUCAUCUUGUCGCUUGUCGUGGGGCUCAUCGUCAUCUAUCAAGCGAAUAGCACACUUCCGUGGUGGGGCUUCUUCAUUGCUUCUUUGGUCGGCUACGUUCUCAUCGUCCUUCUGGGCUCCAUGCAAGGCAUCACUGGAGUUCCUUUUAGCAUCCAGUCCAUCGUGCAGAUGAUCGGCGGCUACAUCCAGCCUGGCAAUCCUGUCGCGAACAUGUACUUCUCUCUCUACGGCUAUAAUGCUCUUUUGCAGGGCAAGUCACUCGCCCAGGAUCUCAAGCUUGCUCAGUAUGGCCAUCUCGCGCCAAGAGUCACAUUCUUCGUCCAGAUGCUCGGCACUCUGAUUGGAGUCGUCUUCAACUAUAUCAUGGCCAAUAGCAUCAUCACCAACCAAUUUGAAAUCCUACGCAGUGUUGAGGGCACCAAUAUUUGGUCGGGCAAUCAGGCGCAGCAGUUCAAUGCUCAAGCCGUGACAUUUGGUGGCUUACCACAUCAGCUCUUCAGCGUUGGUGGAAUAUAUGAGUGGGUCCCGCUCUCGAUGUUCUUCGGAUUUCUCGCGCCCGUCCCAUUCUGGCUUGCGCACCGCAAAUGGCCGAAGCUUGGGCUGAACCAUGUCAAUACUCCGGUCAUCCUGUUCUACCUGUGCUAUCUCAAUGUUGGCAUCAACUCGUCGCUGAUGAUGUUCUUCAUCAUCGGCUUCACCUCGCAGUGGUUCAUCAGAAAGCACUAUCCGAAUCUGUUCGUGAGAUACAACUACCUUGUAUCAGCAGCAUUGGACGGUGGGACAUCGGUCAUGGUCUUCAUCUUAUCGUUUGCUGUGCUUGGGGCUGCAGGAGCAGCGGUUGCAUUCCCUUCUUACUGGGGCAAUAAUUCCUCCGGCAAUAUUGACUACUGUUACAAGUCUUCAUAG